AUGGCUGCUCAUGUUCAUCUUUUCAAUAACACGUACCAGCGCCAUUUUCGAGGCGCUGUCCCUCGAUACGAGUACCAGGAGAGUGGACCCCAACACGAGCCCUACUGGCAAUGCAGCAUAUACGACUCACAAGAUGUUUUAAUUGGCGUCGGCGGGGGCAAGAAUAAGAAACUUGCCAAGGACGCCGCAGCGGAUAGCGCUAUUCGUUUUCUAUAUAAAACUUAUUAUGAAGGGUUGUCAGGAGAUGGGGAGGCUCAUCAACGCUCCGAAGAUGUGGUCCACGGUUCCGACUCAACACAUGAAGAUAAUGCCGGUGGAAUGGCAACGGCUGUAUAUAACACGUCAGUGCCCGCUGAGGACCCCGAUACGAAUAAACCGUUACUCGACACAGCUGAAGCUUCUAGCGACAUUCGAGCUGAAGACGAGCAGCCUGAGGAAGACUUGCUCAAAUUGCCGAUAAAAACACACCGCCCGUCUUCGAGUGCCAUCGCUCAGCUUGCUCAGCUCAAGCCUGCCCAAUACACCGGAAGCGGCAGCGGGGUCCUGAAGAAUUUGAAUACCCUCUCCUUCACGGCCUCCUUGGGGACUUCGGAACGUUAG